AUGGAGAGGGCGAAGCGAAACGCUGUUGCGGCAAUCACGUUGGUGAUACUCGCGGUGGCGGCGGCGCGUGUGGAGGGGCAGCAGGCGUCGGACGUGAAGACACUGGUGAAGUACAAGCAUGGGAAGAAGUACUGCGACAAAGGAUGGGAAUGCAGGGGUUGGUCAAUUUACUGUUGUAACCUCACUAUCUCCGAAUACUUCCAGACCUACCAGUUCGAGAAUCUGUUCUCCAAGCGCAACUCUCCGGUGGCGCACGCCGUUGGAUUCUGGGACUACCACUCCUUCAUCACCGCUGCCGCGCUUUUUGAGCCGCUGGGGUUCGGCACCACCGGCAACAAGACCAUGCAGAUGAUGGAGGUGGCUGCCUUCCUCGGACACGUCGGCAGCAAAACCUCUUGUGGUUAUGGAGUGGCUACUGGAGGACCCUUGGCUUGGGGUCUUUGCUACAAUCAUGAAAUGAGUCCCAUGCAGUCAUACUGUGAUGAGUAUUUCAAACUCACAUACCCCUGUACUCCAGGUGCUGAGUACUAUGGACGUGGAGCUAUUCCCAUUUUCUGGAACUACAACUAUGGUGCUGUCGGAGAAGCUUUGAAGGAGGAUCUUCUCAGCCAUCCAGAAUACAUAGAGCAGAAUGCAACCCUUGCUUUCCAGGCUGCAAUUUGGAGAUGGAUGACACCAAUAAAGAAGUCACAGCCCUCUGCUCAUGAUGCCUUCGUUGGAAACUGGAAGCCUACCAAGAAUGACACUAUGGAGAAUCGCGUUCCUGGUUUUGGCACUACAAUGAACAUUCUCUAUGGGGAUGGUGUUUGUGGUCAAGGUGAUGUGGACUCAAUGAACAAUAUCGUUUCCCAUUUCCUAUACUAUCUUGAUCUUCUUGGUGUUGGUAGAGAACAGGCUGGGCCCCAUGAAUUCCUUACAUGCGCUGAGCAGGUUCCUUUCAACCCAUCUUCCAAAGCUGCUUCAUCAACUUAG